AUGGAGCCCACGGAGAGCGGCAACUGGUCGCAGCAGACACCUGAGUUCGUCUUCCUGGGCUUCUCGGGUGCCCCUCACGGCCACAUCCCCCUUUUCCUGGUCUUCCUGGCCAUCUACCUCACCACCGUCAUCGGGAACGCCACAAUAUUCGCCCUGAUCCAGCUGGACGCGCGCCUGCACAGCCCCAUGUACUUCUUCCUCAGCCACUUAUCCUGCCUGGACGUCUGCUGCUCGUCCGUCACCGUCCCCAAGAUCCUGGCGAACCUCCUGCGCCAGCAGCCCACCAUCUCCUACGCCCAGUGCAUGGCCCAGGCGUUCUUCCUGAUGGCGUGUGCGGGCUCCGAGUGCGCGCUGCUGGCCGCCAUGGCCUACGACCGCUACCUGGCAAUUUGCCGGCCACUGCACUAUGGCAGCCUGAUGGGCAGGAGGGUGCGCGUCCCCCUGGCCGCCGCCUCGUGGCUCUGGGGCCUGCUGGACUCGGCCCUCCACACCGCCCUGGCCACCAACCUGGCCUUCUGCAGGUCCCCCCGGAUCGACCACGUCUUCUGUGACGUGCCCCCACUCCUGAAGACCGCCUGCAGCGACACCCGCGUCAACGAGGUGGCCCUCCACGCCGCCAGCGUCUUCGUGGGCCUGUGCCCCUUCUUGCUCGUCCUCCUUUCCUACGCCUACAUCCUGACGGCCAUCCUGCGGAUCCGCUCCAGCACCGGCAGGCACAAGGCCUUCUCCACAUGUGCCGCCCACCUGACCGUGGUCACGGUUUACUUCGGGAUGGCCAACGUCAACUACAACCGGCCCAGCGCCGGCUACUCCCUGGAGGUGGACACGCUGGUCUCCACCCUCUACUGCAUCGUCACCCCCAUGCUGAACCCGCUCAUCUACAGCCUCCGCAACGAGGAGGUGAAGGCAGCCCUGCGGAAGGCCCUGCGCGGCCUGAAGAAAGGCCGCUCCUCUGCCUGA